AAAAAAAAUUAACAUUAAUGGAAGAUUUGAUGACUUGACUUUAGCAAUAUUCAAAGUUAAGUGAUAAAUUUGUUUUACUAAAUAACAUCAUGAGUCCUAAAGGUUUGCUUUCAAUGCGAGCGACGGCUGCCAUAGCUACUGCAACCUUUAGAAAAAUGUUGAUAUAUAGCAAUGCAACAAACAAUUGCAAAAAUAUACACUCUGCGGCUCAUUUUCGCAGUGGUGCUGUAAAACCUAAACCAGAGGAAACAAAUUUUGCCUUGGGGCGUAUAAUUUGUACAGUUAUUCCUGGUUUGUUCGUUGGAGCAGCUAUUAGUAAAACUGUGGCUAACUUUUUGGAAGAGAACGAUUUGUUCGUACCCGAAGAUGAUGACGAUGAUGAUGACUAAAUUUGGUAAGGUAUGGAGCCUAAAUGUUAUCUGUCAAGAAAAGAAAAAAAUACUAAGGCAAGGCCAAGUGUGUUCAGAUAAAUCCAUGGAUAGUUGAAAAGUUAGAAAAGUGUUAACUUCAAACGAUUGUUAAAUAUUUGUUAAAUUUGUUGUUCAACUUUUAAAAUGC